GAAGAAAAUUAACAUCAUGGGUUCAGAAAAUUGUAUUGUUAAGAAGCAUUAUGUUUUGGUGCAUGGUGCUUGCCAUGGAGCUUGGUGUUGGUACAAGCUCAAGCCUCUUCUGGAAUCAGCUGGUCACAAGGUCACAGACCUUGACCUUGCUGCUUCUGGAAUCAACAUGAAGAAAAUUGAAGAUGUUGAUACUCUUUCACAGUACUCUGAGCCUCUGUUGCAGUUAUUGGAAACAAUACCUCAAAAUGAAAAGGUAAUUCUAGUGGGACACAGCCUUGGAGGGCUUAGCAUAGCCCUUGCCAUGGACAUAUUCCCAGAAAAGGUAGCAGUUGGUGUUUUCUUAAGUGCUUUUGUACCAGACACUGAACACAAGCCAUCCUAUGUCUUGGAAAAGUACAAUGAGAGGACCCCAUCAGCGGAAUGGUUGGACACUCAAUUUUCCCCGAGUGGAAACAAAACAUCAAUGUUCUUUGGUCCCGAUUUCUUGUCCAAGAAGCUCUACCAAGUCUCAUCCGUUGAGGAUCUUGGACUGGCCAAAACUUUGGUAAGGCCAGGAUCACUCUUUAUGGAAGACUUGGCUCAGCAAAAGAACUUCUCUAAAGAUGGAUAUGGGUCAGUUCCACUUGCCUUCAUUGUUUGCAAUGGGGAUCUUGCAAUUCCAUUGAAUUACCAGCUCUGGAUGAUUCAAAAUGCUGGGAUCAAUGACGUUCUCGAGAUCAAAGACGCAGACCAUAUGGCUAUGCUUUGCAAGCCACAGGAAUUAUGCGAUUCUCUCCUGCAGAUAGCUACUAAAUAUGCAUGAAUUUGUG